GUCGAAAGGAUUGUAGACAAGAGGAAGAACAAGAAAGGGAAAUGGGAGUACCUUAUCCGAUGGAAAGGCUACGGAAGCACGGAGGACACGUGGGAGCCAGAGCACCAUCUGUUGCACUGUGAGGAGUUUAUCGACGAAUUCAACGGGCUGCACAUGUCCAAGGACAAAAGGAUCAAGUCAGGGAAGCAGGCCAGCGCCUCCAAGCUCCUGCGUGACGGCCGAGGCCCAUCGGUUGAGAAACUCUCCCACAGACCUUCAGAAUCUGGAAAGAGCAAAGGGACUUCCCAUAAAAGGAAGCGAAUCAACCCUUCCCUGUCCAAGCCAAAAAAAGGCUAUUCAGCCAAGCCCCCUGCGGGAGGUGACAGGGCCGCCAAGACGGUGUCUUACAGGACUACCCCCAGCGGUUUGCAGAUAAUGCCUCUGAAAAAGGCUCAGAACGGGAUGGAGAAUGGGGAUGCCGGCUCCGAGAAGGACGAGAGGCACUUUGGAAACGGGUCCCACCAGCCUGGCUUGGAUUUGAAUGAUGUAGGAGAACAAGAACUGGCCGAAUGUGGUGUCAACCAUGGGGCAUUGGCAGAGAACGGGCUCGGCUCUGCUCUGACCAACGGGGGAUUAAACCUGCACAGCCCCGUGAAGAGGAAGCUGGAAGCAGAGAAGGACUAUGUCUUUGACAAGAGGCUCAGGUACAGCGUCCGCCAGAACGAAAGCAACUGUAGGUUUCGGGACAUUGUCGUGCGCAAGGAAGAGGGGUUCACACACAUCCUGCUGUCCAGCCAGACCUCGGACAACAACGCACUGACCCCCGAGAUUAUGAAGGAGGUCCGGCGAGCACUGUGCAACGCGGCCACGGAUGACAGCAAACUGCUGCUUCUCAGUGCAGUGGGCAGCGUAUUCUGCAGUGGCCUAGAUUACUCCUACCUAAUUGGCCGGUUGUCCAGUGACCGGAGAAAGGAGAGUACCCGGAUUGCAGAAGCCAUCAGGGACUUUGUGAAGGCCUUUAUCCAGUUUAAGAAGCCUAUCGUGGUUGCGAUCAAUGGGCCUGCCCUGGGCCUGGGUGCCUCCAUCUUGCCCCUCUGCGACAUCGUGUGGGCCAGCGAGAAGGCCUGGUUUCAGACCCCCUAUGCCACCAUCCGCCUCACGCCCGCUGGCUGCUCCUCAUACACCUUCCCCCAGAUCCUGGGCGUCGCACUGGCCAACGAGAUGCUGUUCUGUGGGCGGAAGCUCACCGCCCAGGAGGCAUGCAGCAGGGGACUUGUGUCCCAGGUCUUCUGGCCAACCACCUUCAGCCAGGAGGUCAUGCUGCGGGUCAAGGAGAUGGCCUCCUGCAGCGCAGUGGUGUUGGAAGAGUCGAAAUGCCUCGUUCGGAGCUUCCUGAAGUCCGUGCUUGAAGAUGUGAACGAGAAAGAAUGCCUCAUGCUCAAGCAGCUCUGGAGCUCCUCCAAGGGCCUGGAUUCCCUGUUCAGCUACCUGCAGGACAAAAUUUACGAGGUCUGAAGAGCCCCAGCCCAAGUGCCCCAGCGCUCGAGGGCACCUGACUUCCAUCUUUGCCCUGUGCUUCAGAAAUCCGAGCACGGUGUGCGCCGGCUAAGGCGUUUGUCAAGGUGUCUCUCUUGUGUCCAUUUUCUCCUGUCCUUUGGUUGCUCCGCAUUGGUUUGAUUUUGUAUAACAGAUGGGAAGCACAGCAUACUCGGCUUCCCCCGGGUCCCCCCACCCCCACCCCCGUCCCUCCACUGGCCAGAGAGGUAUCGAGGGCUAUAUCUUCCCAGGCCUCUGCCAGGUACUGUUGGUCCUCUCCCCACUCGCUGAAAUGCACCAUCCCGGUCCAGGAGGGGGAAGGCCAGUUUUCCCCAUCCUUCUGACUCAGGCCGUGUCUACACAGUGCCUCUGCUUUGGAGACGUGGCUGUAUGGCUCUCUCCGGUUAAGUGCAGAUCCGGUGACAGGGGACAAUCAAUCUUAGGGAAUUUCCAGACCGCUGAGCAAAACAGUUGUGUAGAGCCAGCCUCAGUCUUCUCUCUGAUGCAAAUCUGUGUGACUUUUAGGGCUUGGUCUUAAAACCCAGUUGAGUGAUUUGCAAACCCAGAUAUUGUACGUUUAGGAAUGUUUUGUUAAAUAUAUAUUUUUAAAACAAUGUAAGUGAAAAUUCUGAUAAUUUAUGUGUAUUAUAUGUAAAGCUAGUUUUACAAAAACAUGAACUACUAGAUUUUUUUCUUUAAUCAAACUUAUUUAAUUUAUUUAUUUUUGUUUAUAUAUUAUGAUAUCUGUCGUUGACACAGAUAUUAUUUUCAUACUGCCCUGGACCAAAUCCCGUACAAGGUUCAUGCUGUUUGGUGCAUUCUAGCAAUGAACCACGCAGAAAUAAAAUUCGGAGAGAUGUAAAUGGAAGGAUUCCCAUGGAUAAAAGGAAUAGCUCUGCACCAGAUCCUCUUCAUGUAAAACGGUUCUCAGCUGUAAUAAUUGAGUACCUGCUCUUAGGAGAAAUUAUGGGAGAGUUUUCUCUUCACUCUGCUGCCUUGAAGGAGAUAAAGGGGCCUCCAGCCUGAAUGGUACUGAGACAUACCCACUCCCUAAUUCGUCAUGUCAGGAAGAGCUAAUAGGCCCUGCCUAGGGAUUGCAUAUUGUCUAGAGUGAGCCCUUUGUCUUUGGGGCAAAUGACUGAACUUGGAUUUCAGAGUCCAUUUCUUCCAUGUGGACAGCGUUGUCUGGUUUUGGCCUUCCAGGGGAGGUGGGCGAAGAGCUCCCACUCUGUUGAGCUGUCAGUUGGUUUGAAUCAUUUCGUGUCUAGAAGCGCAGACGAUCUUGUUGCUAGUUGUUUACUUACAUCAGGGCGAAAUAACCAGGGAUGAGGCCUCCUGUGCCAGGGUCCCUGGGCUGCCUGCCCACAUCUGCAUUUAGACCAUCACCCCAAAGUCCAUGGAUCAGCUGAAGAGAAGGGGCGGGACUUGGUUUGGGUUUGGGUUGAUGAAGAGAAAGGUAGACCUCGGGUUUGGAGCAGCGAAAUGACAGGAGCAUGUUCUGCAUGAGGCGUCACCCUUCUGUGGGUCAGUUAGAUUAUCGGAGUGAUGGGAUUGUUCCAUAUCCAUCACAGCCCAUGAGUAUUCUCAGAGACCUCCUUGCCUCCCUCCUCUUCUCUUUCCCUCUGUGGUCGCCAGCCUGUCUUGGCCCUUGUUGGAGACAGUGAGUGGAGCAGGGAGUGCUGGGAGCAUGGUGGGGGGAGGGGAGGCCGGCUGAGAACAGGGAGGCUGUUGCCACAGUUUUCUGUCUGCCUUGUGUUUCAAGAGUGGGUUGAGUGUCUACACUAAGGCUCGAGACAUGGUCCUGUAGAUAGUGAAUGUGAAGUUCAUCUGGAUGCGAUCCCCAAGAUGGCCUUGGUUCUCUCUAUAGAAAGCCCCUCUCCUUAUUAUCCUUCCCCAUUGGAAGGAUCUCUGAUGAUAGGGUAAGAAUGUGAAACUGUUACUAGGGUAGAAUUUCUGCUGUUAAUUUGUAGGUUCUGGGUAUAAGAGGAGGUGUUUUGAAAGAUGGUCUGUAUUUUGGUUGUUUCUACACAGUCAAUUCAAGGAGGAUGUUCCACAAAUUGGGCCAAAGUAGGUUAAAUCUGCUUGCUGCAGGGUAGACUGCAUUGCUGAAUUCUCCACUUUCUGGAUAGUUGUUUUGAUAAUAUGGAGAUGAAAUCCAGGUAACUUUUAGCAAACUGACCUGGGAUGGAAAAUGCCAGAUCUGUGCAUGUGUCUGGGUUUACCCUAAGAGCUUUCUCAAGACAGGGGGCUCAGGUUUUCACUUUUUAUCUUUGGUCACAGCGCCUUCUCUCCAUCCAUAGGAUCGCUUCUCCCCUCUCUUCACCCUGCUUUGCCUCCACCCCCACCCUCUGUCCCUUCCCAGAGCCUGGGCAGGUCUUUGAGGAGCUGCCUGGUCUUGGCAGCCCAAGCCCAGAAUUCACCUUGGGGUUGGAAGAACCGCCGUGGGUGGCAAGUGAGGGUACUUCUUCAGUCGAGGAACCUUGUAGGUAACCCACUCUUUGCCGUUCCGCAAGCCCCACGUUAGACUUCCCCUCCCCGCUCCGCUCCAGCCCCAGGUGAUUAGCACCCAGCGUCCUGUAAUGGGACCACUGGAGUUAGCAGCCCCAUUCCAAGAGGACUCUGCAAACUUUGCCAAGGUGGUCAGAGCUGCUCAUCAUUUGGAAACCACACAAGAAUGCUGAUGUACCCACAUGUCCCUUCCAGCUUUUAAAUAAUGUCUGUGGGCAAAAACCAUUAAGAAUUACCCUCUAAGAAUGGAAUUGGCUAGCUCUGAGAAGGUAGUAGAGAAUUGAUUUAAAAUGUUAUACUUGUUUGGUAUAGAUUAAACUAGGAAAUGUUCUCUCUGAAGCAUGAUAAUAUGUUUCUUCCAUAUGAAGUUUAGUAUGAGGAUGGGAAAAUAAUGAUCAAAAUGGACUCUGAUCAAUGCAACUGUAGCUCCAAAUAUCCACAUUUUAAAAAAAGCCUUGACUGAAUGCUGAAUUGCAUUUCCCAUUAAUUGUUGGUUUAAAAGAUUUUGUAAACUUUUUUUAAUUUGAAAUUGAGUCACAUUCAUGCAAUUUUCCAAUCUAGUUUCUGUGGAAAUUUUUUUAAGAGAAACAAAUAGAAACAUCUUCAAAUCUUCCUAAGUGAAUAUUUAAAAUGCAGAAUUGCUUCUCUUCUGUGUUUCUGUAUUCAGACACUUAGAUCUGUUGUACAUAUUAGUUUAGACACUCUCACUAAUAUACGCAGUAUUUAAGACUCUAAAUGAGAUUUCAUAAGUAUUUUAUUUUAUUCUCUGUAAAUGGUUUUGUAUAAUCUUUAAAAAUCUACACUUUGCCUUUGUAGAUAUUUAAGGGAAACCAUUUGGGGGUUGUCUUGCAUGUAUAUUUUUGUUGUAGAUAAGUGUUGCUCAGUUAUUUCUGCAAAUUUUGGUUGAAAUGCUUACAGACUUUAAUACAGUAUAUAUUUUCAGAAUAUAAACUUUUAUAUUUCUGUGGUAAGUUAGGAUAUGCGUUUUAGGCAAUCUUUUCCAUUAACAUCACUUGUUCUUUCAAAAAAUAGCAUACUGGUUUGGUGCCAAUGGUUUUAUUUUUUUCAUUAGAAUCUACUGCUUUUAUAUUGUUGGAGAGCAGGUUAAUUUUCUUUUUCUCAGAGUAAUUGAGUUUGAAGUAUAAUUUGAAAAUGUACUGAAUUUGUGGAUAAGCCUUACCAUUAGGAUCAGUAAAUUUUGCAACCUUUGCAACUACAUAUGUAGUUUAGGACCUCCCCGUAAAGUCUCACUGUGCGGCAGUUGAUGGAGUCUGUGAACAGAGCCUUAAGCUUGUUGCAAAAAAAAAAAAAAAAAAAAAAAAAAAGGGUAAUACGGGUUGUUGUUUCUUCCAAGCAACGUAAGCCAUGUUGAUGGACUCAACGCAGUCCGAAAGUCAUGGCUAAUGUGAAGAGUUUGGUUGAGCUGAUGGCAGCAGGAGCCAGACAGGCAGCUUGGUGAUUGCUUUUGGCCAUAGGAAUGGACCAAGGAUAGGUUUUAUGGAGCCUCCUUCGCACUAUUCACAUGGUUUAGACAUGGUCACAGGGAGGGCUGCUGGUCCAUCAUUUGUUCUGAACAAAUGGCAUUUCCUACUCCUGACUUUGGUGGUUGACCCCAGGUCCCUCGUGGAUGACCUGGCACCAUCCAGCCCGGCUGAGGUCAGCACUCCUUGAGAGGUGUUAACAAAGUUUACAUGUGAGUCUUACUGUGUAGACAAUCUGAAGUCAAUUUCAGUUACAUAAUCAGCAUUCCCAUGUGUCCUGAGUGUCUUAUUAAUGAACUAUGUGUGUGAAGCCAUACUUAAAACUGAGUUUAGCAGGGCAAAGGCAAACUAGAUUAAGAGCAUCACAUCAGCUGAGGCCAGUCACCCAGGGCUGUUUUAGUGGAGUCUAAGUCAUGGAGCUCAUUGGUGGUGCAUCCACUGUGUCUGGGAUCUAAUAAAACCAUCUAGAGUUUGGACUUAAUUUUUUUCUAAAGAUUACGAUUCCUUUCGGUUGGCCACACUUCCCUAGCUACCAACUGAUUCUCCUUACUAAGGCUUUAAAGAUGACUGGAGACCAGGGCUCUCGUAUGGCUAAACGUCAGGUUAUUGAGUGCAUCUCUAGUAAGCAUUUAUAAGGUCCAUCAUCAAGAUGGAGAUUUGCUUCCCGUGUUUGCAGUGUGUGCGCAGUCCAAAGAACAGAUGUCGGAUCUGAAGCCUCAGCUGGUGUCUGUCCGGGUUGACCAUGCCUCAUUGGCCCAGCACCUGACCUGAUGCUGGAGCUCGCUCAUUCAGGGGACUCCGGGAAGUUUGGAGGGUGUAGAGUAUUCCAUCUGGUAUUAAACUUGUCCCUGUGCCAUUAGUCCCAGCUGGAAGUCAUUUGCUGGUGUCCACAUUGACAGGAUUGUGAAAAUACUGCCUUUCAUAAAAGUAAGGACCAAAGAAUUCCAUUAAUACCAACAAAGCACGUGAUUCAUAGACUGUGGGCACAUCCAGACAGAGGUGUGCACGCUUUAUGGCACAGAGAAGCUGCUCGCUUCCACCGACCUGGCUGGCCAUGCAGAGGGAUUUGUUAUCACCUUGAGAAGGCUCUGAAAAAUGAGUUUCUCAGAUUGAAACUCGCUGUCUCAGGUGGCUGUUUCUGCUGUGCAGUCCCAGCCCUUAUCCAUAUCAUAAAAGGUGGAGGUCUGGCAUUCUUCCAGAUGAUCUCACCAGUGUAGACUGUUCCAUCUGAGUAGGAACUUCCAGCGUGAGUUUUUAAAAAUGUGUCUACACUGAGCAGCAUCUUGAAGUUGCUAAAUUUCCACCUCCUUUUGUUCUUCAUUGACCCAUUCCAAUUCCUGUUUGGCACGAGAAGAAUUUCCCUCAAUUCUCACACCAAGGGAUGCUCCAUUUUUCAUUCAUGAUGAAGUCACCAAUCCAUUAACUGGUUGAGAAAUGAUUGAUGCUGAAGAAGUGGCAUUCUAGUGGUAAGGCUUAUUACCAAACUUCUGAUAAUGAAGCAGGUUACCAAAAACUUAUCCAGCCCACCCUAGGAGUGUGUGGAUUUGAUCGUGGGUGUCACACACACACACACCAAAAUCCAAGGAGACCUUUGCAAAUUAGGCUACUUGUUUUAUUUUGCCAGGUUAUCAUGGGAGAGUCUUUAACUAGUUCUGAAUAUUUGUAAGUAUGAGUACUUCAUAGAAUUAUAAAAGCAGGUACAGCUGACCCUUUCUCACUGCGUUGUAAAUAUUUCCUGAGACUGGGUGCAGUACUGAGGGAUAAUAAUCUUCUGACUUAUCAAAUGCUGACUGUCUAGAGCAAAUUGUACACUCUCUUUGUGAAUGGUCCUGUAACGUGUAUGAACACAUUUCUGGGUGCCUUAGAAGUUGUAUUUUUCAUGUGUGCUAAUACGCAGUAUUUAUACGUUGUGAGAAGCUGCUUUGAAUAAAAAGGUUGAAACUUC